UCAUUCAAUCCUCGGACCCGAUGAAACUACUUAGUUAGAUUUAGAGGGAAUCCGGGCGAUCGUGCGGAAUGUUUCGCUGCUGCAUGUUCAUCUACGCUUCCCAGUUCUGAAAGAGUUGGUCGAUUAAACCAACCUCAACAGAAGUUUAGGUUGAACGAAUCGCGUGGAAAUUAGGAAAUUGAUUGCGACUCCCAUCCUCGACGCUGCUAAAAGACAGGGCCCGAUCUCAAUCCUUACCCUCGUGAAAGCCUUCGCUAGAGAACUAUCAAUUGGCCAGUAUCUUCAUUUUGGCCCCAAAUGUCUUUCAAAGGUCAACGUAAACCCAAGCGGCAUCAUGCUGCCCAGCGACCACCGAUACGGUACAUUUUAGAUUGUGUCGAAAUCCCCCAGCGGCCUGAAUUGAGACCUAUUGGGAAGGAAGUUGCGGCAUCAUCCGCACUGAAUCCACAGCUCCUGACGCCGCCCUCUUCCCAAACAAGAACUUCAACAGCUCCGCCAACAAAGGUUGCCCGUCGCUCAUCGAAACGAAAAUCUCCCGUCGGUCGUCCCUCACUCUUGUCUCCCCAGACACCAUCACCACCUAGUUUGAAGAGGGGAAAGCAGGCACCGAGAAGGAGCGGGCUUCCGAUCUGGAAAAUUUGCCCAGUUGUAACCGAGUUAGAAGAUUGUCUGGAUGGAUCGUGUUGGAUGGUACCGGAGGACAGCGCUAUUUUCUUCUUGGAUUCAAGCCCAUUCGGGAGCGACUUUCCACUAGCUCCCUUGGAUGAAUGAUGAGGGAUGGUGGACGUCCAUUGUUUGACCCUAGCCAAAUGUUAUGCACAUGUAUCUGGGUGCUUAUCAAGAGUAUUAUGUAAUGACAAAUAGGCGCCGAGCCUGUGCAAUGUGAUUGGGUCAAGUGUACCGUGACUCCGCUUGUAGCUAACGGAAUAAUA